UUCAGACAGUAUUACCCCAAAUUAGUCUAAAAAUAACUAGUCAAGGCAUAAGUACAUGUGACACAUUGUUUUAGUGAAAUACAAUAGUCUAUAACGGGCUGUGUGAUGAGAAACUCUGGAGAGAGGAUGAAGAAGGUACAGAGAACACAGAACGCUACUUCGAGGAUGUCGAAGUGUAGGAGACAUUCGGUUGCGACAACUGUGGACAGUGAGGAAGAGGGACGAAGAAGAAGACGACUGACUACAUGAUUUGACUCUUUUACAGCAAGAAAAUCUGAAGAGAGAGAGGAAACAUGGAAAAGAGGGUGAAGGGAUGACAUACCAGAGUCUGUACUUAGCCUCUAUACGUGGUGAGCAUGGUGUAUCAGGUAGCACCGGGCAUCCUGUGUAAGCUGAAAAGUCCAUCCUUCAUCCUCAACAGAACCAGAGCUGCACUGAAUCAUCUACCAUCCUGACGAGUCUUUGCCUCCAGCCAUCAGAGCAUCUCUGCCUCGCAGCUAUGUCAAACCCAGUGGGCAGUUUAUCAGAGGGCACAGGGUAUGGAUCCAGGAUCAGGAUAUCAGAGGACUCCCUUGCCAUCCUCGAGGGAAACAGGAGCUCUAGUGAACCCUGGGACCUGGAAGAGACCAAACCAAAUGUGGAUGCUCUGGAGCGCAGCGUUCCGGGUCUCUACCUCUCCUGCUUCGACAUGCUCCUCACUGAGGAUGCCACGUACGUGGUGAAAGUCUCAGACUCCCCCCCUGCGCUGGCAGUACCCAUGGCUCGUAUGGAGCCCCGCGAGGAACCAGAGCAGUGCCCCGUCAUUGACAGCCAGGAGCAGGGGCUUUCUCCUGGACUGGAGGGUCAGGAAGAGGAGCACUCUCUGGAGCAGGUCCAGAGCAUGGUUGUUGGAGAGGUGCUGAAAGACAUUGAGACAGCAUGCAAACUGCUCAAUAUCACACCAGACCCCAUAGAGUGGAACACAGGGAACGUGCAGAAGUGGCUGCUGUGGACUGAACACCUGUACAGGUUGCCCCAUGCAGGAAAGGCCUUCCAGGACCUGACAGGGAAGGAUCUGUGUGCCAUGAGCGAGGAGGAGUUUCGUCAGCGCUCACCGCAGUGCGGAGACACACUGCAUGCUCACCUGGAUAUAUGGAAGUCAGCUGCCUGGAUGAAAGAGAGGUGCUCAGUUGGAGAAACAAAAACUACAGUUGCUGAGGAGCUUUGGUCCGAGGCUGAUUCAUCUUGUUCAGGUCAGCCUAUUCAUUUGUGGCAGUUCCUCAGAGAACUCCUGCUCAAACCUCACAACUAUGGACGCUGCAUUCGCUGGCUCAACAAAGAAAAAGGUAUUUUCAAAAUUGAAGACUCUGCUCACGUUGCGAGGCUGUGGGGCCUCAGAAAAAAUCGACCUGCUAUGAACUAUGACAAGUUGAGCCGCUCCAUACGUCAAUACUACAAGAAAGGCAUCAUCCGCAAGCCUGACGUGUCUCAGAGACUCGUGUACCAGUUUGUCCACCCAGUAUGAGGUGACAGCAUCAUGGGAGGAGGACGAGAUGAAUCCUACUGUACUAGAAGGACACAGUGUCUCACCUGAACUCUUAAGUCUGAGAUGAGGAGGUGACAAGGUACACGUGCACUGACCAACCCCAAUGGUACACACUUCUUCUGCCAACACUGAAGUAACAGCUGGCAACUGCUGCAUGAAGGCUUGUCAGUGCAUUGCUUAAGAGGAAGAGACAAAACAACGUGGCUGCUGAGGCAUAUUCCUUCUGCAGAAUUAAAAACAACCACUUAUUUCAAACGGGAACAAACACAAAUAAAUGAACUGCCUUUUCAUUUGCUUGAUCUGCCUGUUUAUUCAGCCUUUAAGUGAUUACCCCACUCUUGUUGAACUAAAUAGUAAAAACUGAUUGCUCAUCCGUACAAGUUUAUGGAAAACGCCCAUUGCCCUCAGCUACGUUUGUUUUGUCUUUUAGUUUCUCUGUCUUGACCAGUGUCUGUUUGAGUUAGAGCAAGUUUUUCUGCCACACUUGAAAAUGUGGUUAGAAAUGUGUUGCUGUUUUUGGGUUUGGUCCCGACUGUUAUACACACAAUUAUUCAGUCAGUUUUUGUAACCCAACAACGUCGGGAAAGAGAGAGCUUUUAUCUCAUCUGAGAGGCACAAAGAAGACUGAAGAAGCCUCCUAAACUGCUCUGACUGCGUUGAUGAUGCCACUAAGAUGUUAUUCUUUUUUUUGUUUCCUUGAAAAAAAGUAAUGCAUGUCCUUGAAGCUGUUUUACUGCUGAGGAACUUUAUAUACUCAUAUGCUGUCAACUCUGGUUUAUACUGCUGUAUCAUGCUUUUUAUA